UUCAGCGCGCUCAUACUGAGCGACAGAGAGGGAACCGAGCUCUCCAAGCCGGUAGUCUGAGGCAGCACCGCCGGUCACAUCUGAAACAUGACAACUGAUUUCAAAACAUGGAUUUAGACGCGGAUUGUUGUCAUUUUGGAUGACGCUCGUGCAACUUUAUAUUAAAUCUCGGUUUGCUGCAGACAGCCCCGCCUUGUGACACAUUGCGAGUCCACACCGGCUCUCUCCAUCAUCACACUGUUGUUCAUUUAUUGACGGAUUUCAGUGCGUCCGCUCGCUGUGUUAUAUGAUGGUGCGUCCGUGUCUUGCGCUCCGGGCUCUGGGCUGAACGCAUGCACGAGCGCGGAACAUGGAUAGAUAGCGCGUUUCUCUCUCUGUGUUUCUCAGUGUAAUCAGCGCCUUUCUCAAUGGAUGAGGAAAUAGACACCCGCAAGAUCAACAACAGCUUUCUCCGAGACCACAACUAUGCAACUGAAGCUGACAUCAUAUCCACGGUUGAGUUCAACCCGACAGGAGAACUCCUGGCCACUGGGGACAAAGGUGGACGAGUAGUGGUCUUCCAAAGGGAACAGGAGAGUAAGAACCAGCCUCACCGUCGGGGGGAGUACAAUGUUUACAGCACCUUUCAGAGCCACGAGCCCGAGUUUGACUACUUGAAAAGCCUGGAGAUUGAGGAGAAGAUCAACAAAAUCCGCUGGCUGCCACAACAGAAUGCUGCAUAUUUCCUCCUGUCCACCAAUGAUAAAACUGUGAAGCUAUGGAAAAUCAGCGAGCGAGACAAACGACCAGAGGGCUACAAUCUGAAGGAUGAAGAAGGCAGGAUACGGGACCCAACCACCAUCACAACUCUGAGGGUGCCCGUCUUGAGGCCCAUGGACUUGAUGGUAAAGGCAACACCACGUCGCAUUUUCUCUAAUGCUCACACCUAUCACAUUAACUCCAUCUCGGUCAACAGUGACUAUGAGACAUACAUGUCCACGGAUGACCUGAGGAUCAACCUAUGGAACUUGGAGAUCACAAACCGAAGCUUUAAUAUUGUAGACAUAAAGCCAGCCAACAUGGAAGAAUUGACCGAGGUGAUCACAGCGGCUGAGUUUCACCCUAACCAGUGCAACACGUUCGUCUACAGUAGCAGCAAGGGCUCCAUAAGAUUGUGUGACAUGAGAACAUCUGCACUUUGUGACAACCACUCUAAAUUAUUUGAGGAACCAGAAGACCCCAGUAAUCGCUCCUUCUUCUCCGAGAUCAUCUCUUCCAUCUCAGAUGUGAAAUUCAGUCACAGUGGGCGCUACUUGAUGACUCGUGACUACCUCACAGUGAAGGUGUGGGACAUCAACAUGGAGAGCAAGCCUUUGGAAACUUACCAGGUCCAUGACUACCUUAGGAGUAAGCUGUGCUCACUGUACGAGAAUGACUGCAUCUUUGACAAGUUUGAAUGUGUCUGGAAUGGAACUGACAGUGUCCUAAUGACAGGCUCCUACAACAAUUUCUUCCGUAUGUUCGAUCGGAACACUAAGCGCGAUGUGACUCUGGAGGCCUCGCGGGAAAACAGCAAACCCAGAGCCAUUCUCAAGCCACGCAAAGUUUGCAUUGGUGGCAAGCGUCGUAAAGAUGAAAUCAGUGUAGACAGUCUGGACUUCAGUAAGAAGAUCUUACACACUGCAUGGCACCCCAACGAGAACAUCAUCGCUGUGGCCGCCACCAACAACCUCUAUAUAUUUCAGGACAAGGUCAACUAGCAUGUAGCUCUGAUGUCUCCAUUCAUCACAACUACAAGGGGCAUUAUUUCUCUAGAUGAACUGGGAGUUAAAAAGGUUGGACUCACUAGCAGUGAACUUGAGGAACAUCUAGAUGAGCUUGGCCUUCUACAGCAGAUUUUUUACUGUACUGAAUCUUAAAAAAAAAAAAA